GUGCCUGCGGAAUAGACAGAAAAUCGAAUUUGAAUGACUGAAAAACAAAGUUGUGCCCGCGACAGUGAUUCUCAGAAGGAAAAUCAGCCGAAAAUGCCAAGGCUUCCCGAAAACCGGAGAACGCAUUCCUGAAAAAAGAUAAAUCCGGACGAAAGUGGAGCGAAACUGCAACAUGGAGGCCGCCACCACGAACAACAACAACCACAGCAGCGACAACAACAAUGGGUACAUGAAUCAGGCGUUUGUGGGCUCGCUGAACACCUCGACCAUCUCGAUCCCCGGCGCCUACAAGCCGAACGAGUCCGCGAAUGGCAAGCAGGCGAUCCCGGAGGGAUCCUCGCCAGGAUCGACGGGAGCUGCACCCGGGGACAGCCAGGGCGCCGGGGUGGAGGCGGGGCAGCCGGGGAAGAAGCGGGCCAGCUGGAACAACGACCUCGAGUUCCUCAUGUCCUGCAUCGCGCUGAGCGUGGGUCUCGGCAACGUCUGGCGGUUCCCCUUCACCGCGCUGGAGAACGGCGGCGGCGCCUUCGUGAUCCCCUACCUGAUCGUCCUGGUUCUGGUGGGCAAGCCCGUCUACUACCUGGAGAUGCUGCUGGGCCAGUUCUCGAGUCGCGGCAGCGUGAAGGUCUACGACUUCGCGCCCAUCUUGCGGGGCAUCGGCUACGGACAGGUGCUGGCCACGGGCAUCGUGACAACCUACUACGCCACGCUGAUGGCGCUCACCCUGCGCUACUUCGUGGACUCCUUCUACCCGACGCUCCCGUGGAGCUACUGCCGCCCGGAGUGGGGGCCCGACUGCCUGGACUCGGCGCCGCAGGAGGAAGGCGGGACGAGCAGCUCGAACAGCUCGGAGGUGCGCACCACCUCGGCGGAGUUCUACUUCACGAAUAUAGUGCUGCGCGAGAAGGCGAGCAUCGACGACGGGAUCGGUUACCCCAGCUGGAGCCUGGCGCUGGCCCUCGCCGUGGCCUGGCUGUUCAUCGCCGGCAUCCUGUCGGGGGUGCGCAGCUCCGGCAAGGCCUCCUACUUCCUGGCCCUCUUCCCGUACGUGGUGAUGCUCGUGCUGCUCGUGCGGGCGCUCAGCCUGCCGGGCGCCUUCGACGGGGUGCUCUACUUCCUGCGGCCGCAGUGGCACAAGCUGCUCGAGCCGGGCGUCUGGUACGCCGCCGUCACCCAGGUGUUCUUCUCGCUGGCCAUCUGCUUCGGGAACAUCAUCAUGUACGCCUCCUACAACCGCUUCGGGCACAACAUCUACAGGGACGCCAACAUCGUGACCACGCUGGACACCUUCACCUCGCUGCUCUCCGGCGUGAUCAUCUUCGGCAUCCUGGGCAACCUGGCGCACGAGAACAGCACCGGCGACAUCGCCAGCGUGGUGAACGGCGGGCCGGGACUGGCCUUCAUCUCGUACCCGGACGCCAUCGCCAAGUUCAAGGUGCUACCGCAGCUCUUCUCCGUGCUCUUCUUCCUCAUGCUCUUCGUGCUGGGCAUCGGCAGCAACGUGGGCAUGGCCUCCUGCCUGGCCACCGUGAUCAAGGACCAGUUCACGCACCUGCGCAGCUGGGCCAUCGUGGCGGGCAUCGCGGUGGCUGGCUACCUGCUCGGGCUGCUCUACAUCACCCCCGGGGAGUUCGUGCUCAACCUGCUCGACUUCUUCGGGGCCACCUUCGUGGCCCUGGUGCUGGCCAUCCUCGAGCUGCUGGCCGUCGCCUGGGUGUACGGAGUGAGGAGGCUCUGCCGCGACGUCGAGUUCAUGAUCGGCGUCCGCACCUCGCUCUACUACCGCCUCUGCUGGGCGGUGGUCACCCCGCUGAUGAUGCUGGCCAUCCUGGUCUACACGCUGGUGCUCUACAAGCCGCUCCAGUACAAGAACUACACCUACCAGCAGGGGGUGUACGUGUUCGGCUGGUGCCUCAGCGCCUUCGGAGUGGGCCAGGUGCUCCUCUGGGCCAUUCCCGCCGUGCGACAGCAGCCCGCCCACCUCGGGCUCUGGGAGCGCGUCCGCAAGGCCUUCGAACCGCUCCCUGACUGGGGACCCGCCGACCCGCAGACCCUCAAGCGGUACCAGCUGUUCGUGCAGGAGGACCGCGCCAACGCGCUCUUCCGGCGGAGCAGCAUCUGGGCGAGAAUCUAUGACAAUAUCUUCGGCUAGCGCUGAAUUAGCAAUAAAACUUCGAGUAUAUGGUACAACCCAACCCAGAAA